AUUUCUCAUCUAUAGCGAAUGCUUCAAUGACCGACAAAAUUAUAGAACCUGCCACCCGAGGCACUGCAAAAUGUCCACUAAAGAAGAGAAAGAUACGUUUUCUACGUUCUUCUUAAUCUAUGGAAGACGCAGUGUAAGACUGAACUUUGAAAAGGUUUAACGGGUUAUUUCCCAUUGAUAAUAUCAAUUUUACUGUUGUUGCGUAUAUAUUUUUAUACAAAAUUGCCGCCCCAAUUAUAAGAAUGACGUCGGCAAUAGAGUCGAUGGUAGUGGAUGAAAAACAAUUACCAGAAAAACCAAUAGACAGAGAAAAAACGUGCCCACUUUUACUUAGAGUAUUUUGCAACACUGGGAGGCAUCAUAAUAUAAUGGAAUACAGUAGAGGAAAUGUUCCAUCAAAUGAAUUGCAAAUAUAUACCUGGAUGGAUGCAACAUUAAGAGAAAUUACAGGAUUAGUCAAGGAAGUAAAUCCAGAUGCUCGGAGUAAAGGAACAUAUUUUGAUUUCUCAUUAGUGACUCCAGAAUUACGUAAUUCAGGAUACCGUAUGCGUGAAAUUGGCGUUACUUGUUCAGGGCAAAAGGGUGCGGAUGAUAACAAGACGCUUGCGCAAGCAAGGUUUACAAUUGGUGAUUAUUUAGAUAUCUCUAUUACACCACCAAAUCGACAACCAGCAAUUAGACGUGGUGCACUACGCCAAUACUGAUAUAAACAACAGAAGUUCUAUUUUCUAUAAGUUAUGUUAAUAAUUUAUAA